UGAUAUCCUGGAGCUGAGAUGGAACACACAGAGUGAUGUCACUGAACUCCUAAAACUAAAAUACCAAUACACCAGAGGCUUCACACAGAUAGAGAGAUACAGAAAUAGAUAAAUAGAAAGAGAGAGAGAAAUGGUGAGUGUCUGAAAGAGAGAGAGAGAGAGAGAUGAGGGGGGGGGGGCUCCCAGUCGAGCAGGGUAGGCAGCACACAGGCAGGCAGAAGUUUUAGAACAGAGAGAAACGGAGGAACCAUUGGAAGGUAUAAUUAUACAAAACUACAGGCAUCAGGAUAGCAGUGUCUGGCUGCAGCAGCACCACAGAGGUUAGCUCAGUUCUCCAGUGUUUAAUGGCAGUUAGUGGACAACAGAUAGAAGCAGGAUAAUCACAGUGAGCUUCUGACUCAUGGAAGCCAUGGAGGGGUUCAAACGAGGGAGAUCUGAUACCCUGGACAUACAGUCAGAGGGUGAGGAGAUGACCCCGGUUACCCUGGUAACCACAAUGACCCCUGACACCGAGGUGAACUCUGAGCCUUCCCAGGCAGAGCUGGCUCAGUGUGAGGCGGAGGUCGGAACUCUACUCAGCAUCAUUGCUGAACUCAACAGGAAAAUGGGCGCAUUACAAGCACCAAGUGAUCCAGAUGACCUUAAACCACAGGAGCCAGUCAUCCUCCCUCCGGCUCCAGCCUCCCUGUCCAGCCCCCCUCCAUCCCUCUGCAACCCAGAGAAACACACUGGCACUGCAUCUAAAGCCCCAGUAACCAACAGAGAGGGUAGUGGUGAAGUAUGGUCAGAACUCCAGGGAGUCAUGUCUGAUCUGGAGGGUUCCAUUAACACCAGGAGGGCCUGGGCUGCCUCUCACACUGCCUGUGGCCAGGACGGACAGAUGGAACACCUCACAGCCGCCAGGGACAGCUGGGUACAAGUCACACAGGUCUUAGAGGAGAUGGAGAGAGAGUUUGGGAUCUCGUACCCGUCUGGUCUGCCCCCCGAGGAGCGUCAGCAAUACCAGAAGGACAUCCUGGCACUUCACCAGCGGAACUGUGACCUGCGCAGCAGCCUACAAAGCAGACAGGAAGAACUAGAGGGGGCAAAGGUCACGGUGGGAGACAUAGAGGUUGAGAGGAACAGUCUACAUGAGAGGUUACUGGGUCUCCAUAAGGCGUGGCGAUCAGGCAGCCUCUCUCCUCCCUACAGCUCCUCAGGGAGCUCCAGUGGUGUGGUUCUGAGUCCUGGCUGGGCCUCCCCUGGUUCCCCUGGUUCCCCUUCAUUCCUUGGCUCUCCUCCCUUCCCCGGGUCACCCCUGUUCCUCAGAAGACCCAUCGCCAUGGGGAUCUUCCCGGCCCUCUCUACUGGGGGGGACAUAUCCUCCUCGGCCUCUCCAUCACCCUCCCCCUGGCCUGGGAGUGUCCCACAAGGCAGCCCCUGUCGUAGCCCCAGCCCCAGCGUCAGCCUGGAGGGUGAGACAGACAGACUACAGAGGUGUAUAGAAAGGCUGAAGGCCCGGAACGAGCGUCUGACUGCAGCUCUGGACAAGAGAAAGGGAGAGUCUGAGCUGAUCAGUAUGACGCUCAGCAGACACGAAGCUGACAGCACAGCCCUGCAGAUGGCUCUCCAAUACUGCGAGGAGUGUGAGGAGGCCUACAGUGAGUUACUGUCUGUGUACGAGGGCAGGAGACAGCAGGUCAUACCACACUGGAGACACAUAGCAGGCCCGGUCAUGGAGAGUCAGCAGCCCAACAGUCCCAGGCCGUCCCUUAGGAGUCUAAGAACUGAGGAGUUGUCAACCUCCUUCUCAACACCAGGGGGUGUUGUUGAGACAGAAACACACAUCCAGACCAGGUUCCAUCUCUAUUAUACAGCCAGGGGGUCCGAGGUCGAGGGGUGCGAGGCGGACAUUCGGGAGCGUAUCGAGCGGUUGAAGCAGGACAGGGCAGCAGUGUGUGUCCCUAAGCCAGGGCCUGGGGGAGAGGGGAAUCUCAGCCCAGAUACAGGCACCCUGGCUGGGCUUAAAGGGAGCCAUGGAGGACAAGGAGGCCAGGACACCUCCAACCCCCAGAGCACCAAGAGAGAGAAGGCUGUUCUGCUCUAUGACCUGGUCACUGUCAGGGAGGAGAUGUCGGAGCUGCGAGGUUUAAUCCGUCUGACGGAGAAGGAGCGGAGGUGUCUGGACUGGAGUCUAAUGGCCCAGAAGGCCCAGGAUGCAGCUGGAGCCCUGAUCUCUGAGAGCCUCGCUGAGGAGAUAGAGGACAGGAGGACAGAACAGCAGAGGACUUCUGAGAACGAGGAUAAGCUAAGCAACGAUGGAGACAUCCCUGGGCCUCAAAACCGUGCCAUCCUUCGAGAGCUACAGGUUGUCCUGCAACGGGAGCAGGUGCUGAAGAGGAGAGUGUCGGCGGUGAGGGAGUCUCUGGACUUGGUUCUCUCCGACAGCGCCUCUCGCAGGAGAGGCAACGAUGACCAGAUGGCUCGGCUCGCACAAGCUCACAGCAAGGCCACAGGGUCGUACCGGAACGCUCGCAGGAAGUACAGGGAGAAGCUGUGGAGGCUGGAGAGUCAGGUGUCAGCAAUGUCAGAUCGUCACAUGACCCAGAUCGGGGCCCUGAAGGCUACGCUGGAGGCCAUGGAGUGCAGGAGGGAGGAGACUGUACUCUGACUGAGCUGAGGUCAGCUUCUGGGGACAUUGGUCCUAACUUCUGGUACAGGGUCAGAUAUUAUAAUCCAAAAUGGUUCGGAUUAAUUUGGGAUUUGAGAGUUAGGAUUAGCCUCGUACUACCAUCCUGAUCUCGCGAGUUUACAUAAAAUAUGUUUUACUACCACUACUUUACUACAUCUACUUUACUACAUCUACUUUACUACAUCUACUUUACUACCACUACUUUACUAUAGCUACUUUACUAUAGCUACUUUACUACAUCUACUUUACUACAUCU